AUGCGCAGCAAGCAGGACAUACGGGAAGCCAUGUGGGCCGCUAUGGUGCAGGCCGGGGCGUCCCGGUCUCGUAACGUGCACGACAGAAUCCCCGAGUUCCACGGGUCCAAAGAGGCGGCGGACCGGGUGUCCGAUCUGGCAGUCUGGCAGGCUGCCGAAGUGGUCAAAAGCAACCCGGACAGUCCUCAGCGACCUUUGCGCCAGCGGGCGCUGCAAGAGGGGAAAGUGGUGUACAUGGCAGUGCCAAGGCUGAGGAGCGAGCAGUGUUUCGUCGAGUUGGACCCCAUAGUGCUGGAGGCGACGCCGGCCAAGGCCGCAACUAUUGCCGGGGCUUUCCGCCACGGCAGGUUGGUCUUUGUUGAGGAGAUGCGGCCGGUGGACCUGGUAAUAUCCGGGUCGGUGGCAGUGAACCGGGGCGGGACCCGGGUAGGCAAGGGCGGAGGGUUUGCCGAUUUGGAGUACGGCUUGGCGAUGGCGGCAGGUAUCGUGGGCCCGGACACUCCGGUGGUCACCACCGUGCACCCAAUUCAAUUGCUGGAAGAGGACCUGCCUUGGACCCAGCACGACGUGCCGCUGAGCUACGUAGGCACGGCUGAAGAAGUAAUCCGUUGCACCGGGGAAUUGCCGCGUCCUCAGGGGAUCUACUGGGAUGACCUGGACGAGCGGAAGAUUGCCGAGAUACCUAUUUUGCAGAAGCUAAUAACGGCUAGGCCGACGGCGACGUCCACGCCGACUCCUCAACGCGUUGCCCAUCAACCCGCUGAUCUGCUGCCAAGUCUCGUCUUCAACGAAAAUGCCUUCCACUCUUCGUCCUUGUUCCGUCCGGUAUUCCGGUUCGCCGGGGUAGAACACCUCUGA